AUGGCCCCUGUCCCCGAAGAUGUUCCUGGUUUUGCCAGGCGACUGCUGAAUGUUCCAGAUCAGCUUAGUUCGACCUCUGUUUGGCGCUUGGUGCGAGAUCCUGAGGAGAUGCGAUUCGUACAGCACAGCUACACCUGUGACGUGCUCUACGGCGAUCGCUUUAAGGUGCAAUGCACCGUCCGUUUCCGGCAGGAAACACAAGGCGUCAUGGUGGACCAGUGGUGUGACAUUAUUUGGGAUAAACCCUUGCCUUGGACACAUGGCGUCGUAUGGGUCUUGGGGAGGAAGCACGCGGAGAGCCUGGCGGAAAGCCUUCAAACACAUUUAUAA